AUGCAAAAAUCAAAAACCCUCUUUACCAUCACUGCUAUCUCUCCCUCCGCUCGCGUCACUCGUUUCUCGAGCGCCUUUUCCCGAUCCUUUAAAUCCGUCAGGAUUAAUAAGGGUUAUAACGGAGACAUUGCUGAUGAUUUGGUUGCUGCAAGUGUUGUUAUAUUGUGGAAGCGAGGGUCUCGGUUGCCAGCUGUCACUCCACCACCUCCUCCUCCACUCCAACAAGGCUCUUCAGCUUACUUGAUUCCACAACACUCUUACUCAAGAAUACCACCACCACCACAACCACAACCACAUCCACAAGGACAACAUUUUUAUAGACUCCCACCUCCUCCCUUACUACCUCCUCCACCCUCUUUAAGUUACUUCACUCAUGCUCCUUUUGGAUCAUUGGGUCACCUACCACCACCACCACCUCCGCCAUCUUCUCCUCCUCCAGGACCUCCACCUCUUCCACCUUCUCCUCCCCACGAAUCUCUCUCCACAGAUGCUGAACUCAGUCCAAGUUCUAGAAAGCCUUCUGUUGCUGACAUGAAUGAUGAUAAUUUAACCUCCACAGCUGUCAAUGAUUCUGAUAAGGGUGUGAAAGAUACAUCUGACCUUAAUAUUACAUCUGAUAUCCCUCCACCUAAGCCUAGAGAUGAGAAUACAACUCGAAUGAUUGAAGUUUUAUGCCACUAUAUUGCAAAGAAUGGUAAUGAAUUUGAAGACAUGACCUGUCAAAAGGAGAUUGAUAAUCCGGAUUUCAAGUUCCUGUUUGGAGGACCACCAGGAAGUGAAGCUGCAAUUUCACAUGCAUAUUAUAAAUGGAUGAAAAAGAAAUGCAGUUCAAGUAAAUUUCUUGAUGGGGAUAUAUCUCAUUCCCCUGCUGUUUCUGACAUGGAUAUGGAAGAUGACAUCACACAGCCAGAGGAGCAUAAACCUGAUUUUACAUCCAAUGAAGUGGAAAAACAUGCAUGCAAUUCACAACAAAUAUCACACAAAGCUGCAACAGAUGAAAAUAUAUUCAUCUCUGAAUCUUCAGCUGUGAACCAAUCAGGUGAACUCAUUGAAGGCACAAACCCAAUCAGACUUAUACAAAGCUACGCUUCUGAUGAUACCUCUGAAAAUGAUGAUGGACUACAUUUUGAAAACGUCAGUCCUGUAACACUCUCACCACAUAGUAAAGAAGACACUACAGUAUUAUCUGCACCUCUUGUGGAAGCUUCUUUGAAUACAUCAUCUAAAAUUCCAGAACCUUCCUCAACAACAGAAUAUUUGGAGAAACAAGAUGAUAGUAAUGCUAAAUUAGAAGUGGAUGAGUUUGGGAGACUAGUCAAAACAGGUGGUGUCAGUGACAACUCUGAUGACCACAACAGGAGGCGUGGUAAAAGAGGUAGAAGUAGGAGUCGAUCCCCUAAUGUAAGGAGGAGGCGGAGCCCACGUAGGAGGAGAGAGAAACGUAGUCGGUCUCGCAGCUGGUCCCCCAAGAAAAGAAGCAGGAGCAGGUCACCAUACAGGGAACGGGAACGGGAAGAAACCGGUGCUGACUGGACCAGACGGAACAAAAGUCAACGUGGGGCCCGGUGUCACAACUUUCAUGAAUCUGAAAAAAAUGACGAAUUUAGACGUCAUAAAAACAAACACCAAGAGGUAUCGGAUAGAAGUAGUGACAAGGUCAAAGAAGAGUUUGUUGACCCUUCAGGUCAAUGCGAAGAAGUCAAUUCCAUUGACCAACCACCUGAACAACCUGUAACCGAAUCAGUUACGCCACCUGUCCCAGUUUCUUCAAAUUAUCCUCUGUUGCCCUUUCCGCCUCCUUCCACCUGGAACAAUCUUCCACUUCCACUUCCACUUCCACCACCACCACCCCGCCCUCAAAUCAGCGGCCCAUUGUUACAGUAUCAUCAGAUUCAGACUCAGCCGCCGCUUCAACUCAACUACCCUUUUCAACCGUUUUUCAGACCCUAUGUGACCGAAAUACCCUUGGAGCAACCUUACAUUGGACAAUCUAGAAUCUUAACCACCCACUACAACCCUUACGCGUCCACCUUUGACCACCCGUUGACCACCAAUAUCAGUCAAGACACAGGGACAUCUUACAACCAAUACGACCCGCUCUUCGACAGCAUCGAGCCGUCUUCAAAUCUGGAAGAAGGAAACGGUAACACGAAGCAGAAAGAGGCUGCUGCUGACGUGGAAAACGAUGAGUUUGGUGAGACGGGGGAUGCUGAGGUGGGUGCGGUGGAAAACGAUAGUCCGAGCUCUCCGAUCGACCUGCCAGAUGUCGCGACGGGAGAGGUCGAGAUCGAUCAAGUGAAGAACCCCGGGAAAAUCAAGAAAAACAAAGAUUCGAGAUCGAUGAAGCUUUUUAAGGUUUCGCUUGCGGAGUUUGUGAAGGAGGUUUUGAAGCCGUCUUGGAGACAGGGGAAUAUGAGUAAAGAGGCGUUUAAAACGAUUGUUAAGAAGACAGUUGAUAAAGUGUCUGGAGCUAUGAAGAAACAUCAAAUACCAAAGUCCCAACCCAAAAUAAAUCAAUAUAUAGAUUCCUCGCAAAGAAAGCUCACAAAGCUUGUUAUGGGAUAUGUUGAUAAAUCAGUGGAGUUUAAGGACUCUUCGGGACAUGAGUUGUGUUUUGAUGAUGUUGCAUGGUGUGAGAUGAAUUCCUCGUUGCAUGAAGAGCUAGUUACUUGGCAUGUGGAAGAUAUGGUGGAUAACCUAUUGACCCAUGUUCAAAUCCUGGCACCACUUAGCCCUUGUGGCUAUGGAGGUUCGCCUGCAGUGACUCCAGGGCAUGAGACAAAGCUUUAUGUUUGCAGCGGGGGAUUAGUCGGUGCGCGAAAGCUGGCCCGGAAACCCUCGUUAGGGAAGUUCCCUUUCAAAAAAAAAAAAAGUUAUGAGACGAUGCGGUAUGGGCACCAAAACGACAUUAUGGCUGAUGUGGAGGGGCUUCAACGGCGUCAUAACGAGAUGAACACCCCUCCCCCUUUCUCGUUGUAUCUCGUCAUGGUGCAUCUCGUUGUCGUCUUGAUCGGAUGA